UGUGACAAUCCGCUGGCGGGAGUCGCUUGGUUUGUUAUUGUUCUGACCCAGGUGUCCUAGUUUAGUUUAGAGAUUACCGGUGUUUGAUCCAGUCUGAGUCUCCACAGCAACAAUGAGUUCAGUUCAGCCUCUGAGAGAGUUUAUCAGACAGAGACUAACUGCUGCUGCUGAAGAAAUCUUCGCAGAGGUGGAAAAAACCAUCAUCCAGUACCAAGAGGAGAUCGACCGUCAGAGACUGCUGGACAUCAGCUGGAGACCCCGGAUCAGCUCACAGAGAGCAGGUUCGGUUCUACUGGGAAGGCAUUCAGGGACGGAUGUCCCACAGAGUUAUGUCUCUGGCGGGACUGACCGAGCAGAACCAGAACCUCAGAAGGCGAAGGUGGAGCUGAAUGAACCAGAACCUUUGGUAAUCAAGGAAGAAUGGGAGGAACCAGAACCUCUUCAGCUGGAGGAAGAAAGCAGAGAAGGUGUCCAUCAGGAUGAAGCUCAGCUGAAUCCUGUUAAUGACGAGAUGGGCCACAGUGAACCAGAACCAAACAAGGAUCAGCUCCUGUUCCAGAACUCUGCUGAAGGCCUCUGGCGGUAUGAUAACAGGAAACAGAAGAAGGUUAUGACCCACCAGCAGCUCCAGAACCUGGAGAGGAUCUACAACAUAGAUUCAGAGGCUCUAGAAUCUCUUCAGACAAAUGAAGAACAGGACAACCUAGAACCUGUAUGGGAAAAAGAAAAAGAUCAUAGCAGACUUUGGGAUGAAGAGCAGGUGUCUGCUGCAUUUAAAGACAGAGCCCACAGAGGACCAGAACCAGAGGGGAGAAUUUUCUUCACUCUAAACUCUGUGGAAGAUAAGAACCAAAAGAAGGAAGAACCCAGAGCAGAAGAUCCAAAUAGCAGAAUCAGAAAGUCAGAAACCAGACGACACGAUGAGAAAAGAAACGGAAGGAAAACGCUGCGCAACUGUAAUGUUUGUGGUAAGACUUUCUCUCAGUGGUACAUCGGUGUUCACAUGAGGAUCCACACAGGUGAGAGGCCUUUCACAUGCAUGACGUGCGGGAAGAGUUUCAGCCAGAAGAUGCAGCUGACUCGCCACAUCAGAAUUCACACUGGUGAGAGGCCCUUUCCAUGUAAGCUGUGUGGAAAAAGGUUCAGCUUGAAGCAGAGUUUGCAGCGUCAUCUGAGGACUCACACAGGCGAGAGGCCUUUCUCAUGUAAGAUUUGUGGGAAGAGCUUCCGCCAAAAGAUGACAGUCUCUCUGCACAUGAAAGUUCACACCCAAGAGAAACCGCAUUCCUGACAUUUAUGUGAAAAAUCGUUCAGACUGAGACAGGAGUUGGCUUGUCACGAGAGAAGUCACACAGCUAACCAUCCAAACUGAGUUUUUAAUCAAAGAUUGACCAAUAGGUGGAGAAAGAAUCUACUUUAACUAUAAAAAUCAUUUUUGGGAAUAAGAUGAUUUUCUUUAGAAAAUGCAACGAAAACUUCCUUUAAAAAAACAUUGAUUCACAGGUUAUAUUCUGACUGUGAUGAAGACCUUCCUGUAAACAAUAAACUCAUUAUCUCAAUUCAGCAUUUCUGAUUUUAAACUGUUGUCUUUAUGUAGAUUAUCUUGUUUAGUAUUUAAUCAUUCUUGCAUCAGCAGAGUGCCGGUACAUUGUUCAUAUAAUGUAAUAAUUAUGCAUAUUGGUGGAUCUUCGCAGAGUCCCCUGCUGACUGCUGUAGUUGAACACCAGAU